CAUAUAUCCGCAACACGUUGUUGACUCUUGAACCAGGAAGAGUCGCCGGUCAUACAAUUCUUCCAGUCCUACAAAUCUCUAUUAUGCUUUCAUUUGCACUGACGAUUGUUCGGCAUGGGGAAACACAAUACAACAGAGAUAAACUGCUUCAAGGUCAGGGGAUCGACACACCGCUGUCAGACACGGGACACCAGCAGGCAGCGGCAGCCGGACAGUACCUCAGAGAUCUGCAUUUCACCAAUGUCUUCAUCAGUAACCUGCAAAGAGCCGUCCAGACAGCGGAAAUCAUUUUAGGAAACAACCUUCAUUCUUCUGCGUCUGAGAUGAUAUUGGAUCCUUUACUCCGAGAGAGGGGUUUUGGGGUGGCAGAGGGAAGACCAAAGGAGCAUCUGAAGAACAUGGCGAACGCAGCGGGUCAGGCCUGCCGAGAUUACACCCCUCCCGGCGGAGAGACGCUGGAACAGGUAAAGACGCGCUUUAAGAAGUUCCUCAGAUCCUUGUAUCAGCGCAUGUUAGAGGAGCACUGUUCAGGCGACCAGCGUUCUGCAUCCACUUCUGGACCGUCAGAACCAGACCAGCCUGUGAUUGCUGGUCUAGCUAACGAUGGAGUCCAGAACGUUCCUGUCCACGCUCUGAUCGUCAGUCACGGGGCGUUUAUCCGUGUGUCUGUGCGCCACCUCGUGGAGGACCUGCAGUGCUGUUUGCCCGCAGGCCUGAAGAUGAGCCAGGUGUUCUCCCCGUGCCCAAACACCGGCAUCAGCAGGUUCAUCAUCACCCUCCACAGAGAGGAGAGCGGCCCGCGGGCUUCCCACAUCCAGUGUGUCUUCAUCAACCGGAAAGACCACCUGGAUGAGGUCAAAAACUCUGCUUGACCGUGUUAUGAGGUGUAUCUGAGAUCUGAGUUCAUCUGGAAUGGCCAGUGUUUGUAUUUAUGGCUCCUUCCAGUCUCAACGACUGAAGCACAUGCAAGAUUUUAUUGUGUUAAUUAUUUACUUUCAUGCUUUUGAAAGACGUAUGACUGCAUUAUAGGGAUAGUUCACUCAACAACAAAAAAAGACAAUUCUGUCAUUGUUAACUAACCUUCAUGUUGUUACAAACUUGUAUUUUUCUGUUGAGGAUAAAAUAAGAUAUUUUGAAGAAAUUAAAUGGUAGACAUUGACUUCCAAAAUAUGGGGAAAAAAUACUGUGGAAGUCAAUGGCUACCAGAAAGAAACUCACACAGGUUUGGAACAACUUGAGGAUGAGUAAAUGAUGUCUGAUUUUUCAUUUUUGGAAGAAUCAUCCCUUUAAGUGCAAAAAAACCCAUAUUUUUAAAUAUGUUUUUUUUUUCCCCUUUUUAAAAAAAAAUCUUAAAUCAAGAUGCAGUCAGUUAAUAAGGAAAAUGAACCAAGAUAUGAAGUCUUGUUUUCUUGUCUUUUGAUACUCAAAUGGAUCAAAAUUAUAUAUUAUGUGAGUCUGAUUAAAGCAAGAAAAAAAGGUGAAAAAAUUUCCAGUUUGUUUUUCUCUUCACAUAUUGAUCCAUUUGAGAAGCAAAAUGAUUUAAGAUACUAAGUCUGUUUUAUUCUGAAAAAUUGAUUAAAUUAAAUGAGAUUAUGAUUAAAACCGUUUGUCAGUGGAGUAAGAAAAAUAAGAUAAUUUUUCUCUCUUUCUUUUUCUUGUUUUAAUCAUAAACUUGGUUAAUGUUGAGAAGGACGAUGACUUAAGAGAAUGAAAAUAGCUCAACAGUUUUUAUCUGCAGAGAUGUCGAUCUCUUUUAUUCAUUCUGUCAGCUGACUGCAUCACAUCCGUUAUAUAAGCACUUUAUACUCGCACUACCGUGGUUUUGGCCUCUAAAACACUGAAGUAUUCAGGCGUACUGUACAUCAAUGUUCAUGUGUAUGUAAUAAAGACAUUCAGAGAAACAUUAA